UAGCCUUUCUAAAUCUGGUUAAAUGUGCAUGGCUGCCAACGGUGCACUCCAUGCCCAAAAGCCUAUCCAAAGGUGACUUUUUCAUAUUUGGACGCAAUUAACAGUCACGGAUCUGCGUGUGUAGGAUAUGAGUGAUUGAUGAAUUGCUUCCAUAUCACGAGCUUUCAUCACGUGGUACGUUUUAUGAUUUAUCUUUAUCCAAUUUCACUGGAAUUCUGCAACGUAGUCUCUCGAACGGCAGAGCUCACCCUCGUCCAGCGCUGCGCAUCACAUUCCUCGCUGCAGAAUGUGCUCUAACACAUUGAUGCCACGGAUCCAUCUAAGGGUUUUGCUUUCGUUUUAAGUUCACCUGGUCUGAUGUGUUCCUCUAAAGUGUCAUUUGGGAGAGGAUGUUGCUUCUCAUUUAUGCAACUUUGCUUGGAAUUUUCCUCAAAACAGGUUAUGCUCUCCAGAUCCAGUGUUACCAGUGUGAGGAGGUGAAAAACAAUGAAUGCUCCACGCCGGAGUUCAUUGUCAACUGCACGGUCAACGUGCAGGACAUGUGUCAGAAGGAGGUACUGGUGAAGAAGGAUGGCAUAUUUUACCGCAAGUCCUGCGCCUCAUCCGGGGCGUGCCUCAUAUCCUCGUCAGGCUACCAGCAGUUCUGCACUGGAAGGAUCAACUCGGUGUGCAUUUCCUGCUGUAACACACCGCUCUGCAAUGGGCCCCGGAAGAAGAACCGCCCGGUCCCAUCAGCCGCGACCUUUUCAUUUUCCUCCCUUCUUUUGCUGCUGGUCUCCCUCACGCUGGUCUCCCUCGCUCUGACAUAGACCUAGAGGCGUCCAUUUGUCCCCUACUCUACCCGAAGAUAACACUAGAGUAUUAUGACAGUACAUAUAGCCUACUGUGUACAUAACACUACGUAGUGUAUUGGCUACAUCAGACUCUAGUGUCGUCUUUGGAGAAGAAUCCUAUACAUAAGAGACUAUCACAGGAGGUUGGUGGCACCUUAAUUGGGUCGAACGGGCUCGUGG